AUGGCGCUCUGGCUCGCCGCGGCCCUCCGCGGCCUGCUGGGCGGUUUCUUCGUGCUCACCGGGGCGGCGAAGCUCUCGGAUCAGAUCUCCGCGCCCGUGUCGGAGCAGUUGAGAGCCCUGUUCGUGCAGUUCGCCGAGGUGUGCCCACUGAAGGAGCUCGGCUACAAGCUCGAUCCCUUGAGUUACCAGCAGGCUGUGGGAUGGCUGGAGCUGUUGGCUGGGCUGCUGCUAGCCCUGGGCCCACCGAAGCUGCAAGAGAUCAGUGGCUUCCUCUUGUCCCUGCUCAUGAUAGGGGCUAUCUGCACUUUGAAUGCUCUGAAAGAGUCCCUGAGUACCUAUAUCCCUGCCUUUAUCUGCCUGAGCCUUUUGAUGCUGUUGGAUCGCUGCUAGAUCUUAUUCCCAGCUGAAGAGAUGGCGAGACUCACAAGGAAGACUCCAAGUGCACCCAGUGACUUCUCUCAGUAGAGACCCUUUCCUCUGCUUGCUGUGCUGCUGGCCACAGUGAGAACAGGGAAGCGUGAACAGUCUAGCACCUUAUUACUGAAACAGGGUCAAAAUACAGCCUGUGUUAAAGCAGACCAUCUUGCCUUCGCUGGCCCUGCUUCCUUAGUUGGACAAUUGUGACUUCGAAAGGGUACGUUUUGCACAUACUAUCAUUCCUCGUGCCACAUGAAAAUAGAACAACACAUUUAAAUCACCUCACAUUUUUUUCUAGCCUCCCUCACCCCCACACCAAAACUUUCAUUGUUGAAUUUUGUGGGGGACAUACCUGAUUGUGCCUAAGGCUUACUCAUGGCUCUGCACUCAGGAAUUAGUCCUAGAGGACUCAGGGAAACCAUAUGAGAUGUCAGGGACUGAAUCUAGGUCAUCCAUGUGCAAGGUAAAUGCUUUAUCUGCUGUAAUAUUGCUCUAGCCUGCCACUUCACUCCACAUUUUCAGUGACCCCAAAUAACUGCCUUUAAUUCCACUGUGUCCUGGGCUGCUCAAUGUUUUCUUCCUCUUUUCUGAUUUUUGUUGUUUUGGGGCCACAUCUAGUGUUGCUCAGGGAUUACUCCUGGCUUUCUGCUCAAAAA